AUGUACCAGCUCGUAUCUAGUACGUCGACGCACGGUGGCCAUGUUCAUCGAGGCCGGAAUGGCAUAAACUGGAGAAUUCCGUCGCUAAUGGUUGCUUCUUUCCUUGCCGGUGGUAUUUUCAUCCUCGGGCAUCAUCUCUUUUAUCAGUCGUUACAUCAUCAGGCGACAAGCAAUGCUUUGUUUCAGCAACAGGUCAACAUUGGCAUCGGGACAGCGUUCGCAUUCAUCGUCAAGAUGUUCUUAGUAAUAGCCGUGAGCACCGGAUAUUGGCAGGUCUUUUGGUUGCACAUGAAGAGACAUGCCGUACCAGUGGAAAGGAUCGAUGCCAUGAACGACAUUUUGGAGAACGCUUUGCAGUUCUUGAGACUGAAGACUCUGGGACGGUUUCCGCUGUUGGGGUUCAUUGCUGCAAUAACAUGGCUCUUACCACUGGCUGCCGUCGUCCCACCCGCCGCCCUGACGAUUGAGCUGUCGCCAGUACCAGUUGAAACACAGCAGCAGAUGAAUAUACCAGUACUCAAUUUCAACACCGGUGAAUACGCGCAAAUUGCGCAGGGCGGUUCUGGAGCAGGACAAAGUAAGAAUUUCGAUGGAGCGAGAUACAAAGUCAGCAGAAUAUCGAGUGCUGCCGCAUUCUCAGGCAGACUGCAGCAAUUCAGUCGUCCUGCAGCAAAUUCUACCUUCGCAGUUACCUUCCACGGUCCGGCAUUGCAAUGCCAGAACCUUGCCGAUGAUUUGGCUGCGACGUUUACCACGAACAUUAGUCAUAUCCUGGGCUGUGACAUCACGGAGAAAUACCCAGGCGACAAUAAAGGGCUGCCCGCGUGCUUUGUUCAGCCCAUGUACAUGGCGUGGGCACCCAAUGAAACGAACACAGUAGCUUUCUCUGGAGCGACUGGCCAAAGUCAAGAAUCACCAUGGAUAGCAAACACAAUCGGGCCCAGUGGAAGUGCAGAACCUGCGCAGUUUUAUGUCGCGUCGCAGCCUAAAAUCGAGGGCGGGGGAAACUGGACCUAUGUUGGAUGCCAGUUGUACAACGCGACGUACCAUCUCAACGCCACAUUUACCAGUGGAAAUCAGCUUAUCAAUAUAACACAGCGAGACAUUGCGGAAGGCGUCUCCUACAUAACGACUCUGGACAUCAUCGGCUCAGCGUCUGCAAAUGGCACCGAUCCACUAAGCGGUGAAGAGGCCUACGUCUUUACAAAUUUAGAACAUUUCGGGUAUCAAUCGCUCAUGGACAUGUUCGGGCAUCUCAUAGCCGGCCAAAUAACCAUCUAUUCACGUAAUGCGGCCGGCUCGUUCAACUUCAGCACGAGCUCGACGAGCGUGAUGCAGACAGCCCUAGCUGACACAGUCGAGUUACGACCCAUCUUCGAGCUCGCCCAGACCUGCAACAACGGUGUCACAAACUGCCUCAGUGACAACACUACCAACAAGAAUCUCAAUAUCACCGCGCCAAAAAAUGGAACACGCCUCCCACAGGCGUUGGAGGAGCUUUUCCAAAACAUGACCCUCAGCCUCUUCAGCGACGACGUAUUUCUUACGAAGAAGGCGGACUCUCCACAAGUCAACGUGAUUCUCCGUUCCCCGCAGAAUCGCUACGUGUAUACGGCCUGGCGUUUGGUCGUUCCGUACAUGGUUGGCCUCGGCCUCAGCGCCGUCGGACUCGCCUUCGGAUUCUGGGCCUUGCUCGUCAACGGCGUGAGCUACAGCCAGAGCUUCUCUACCAUCGUGCGCACCACGCGGUACGCGCACAUGGACUCGGAAAUCCAAGCAAAAGACGUCGUGGGCGCGGACCCCACGCCGACAUACAUCAAGAAGGCAAAGAUUAACCUCAGCUCAAUUAGAGAGAACUUGGAGAUGAAAGGGAGUCACCAUCGAGACGAUGCGCUGAGCGAAUGAUAGGCAGAGAGACCUUUGUACAUACGAGACACGAAGCUAUUUUGCUAUGCAAAACAUAUGAAUGACCAACAAGAAAUUAUGAAUUCAGCCACUCAGACCUAGACCUUGCAGUCGUGGACGUAUCAUACAUUUCCCAUCG